AUCCCCAACUCAUCUCAUUUCGGACAUUAGUGACAAAAUGGUUUCCAAGACUAUAUUGCUUGCACUGUGCCUGUUGCCGGUGGUGUUUUCACAAACCAAUACAACUUUUACGGGAACAUGUCCAACUGUUCUCAUACAAGCGAAAUUUAACGAGACUAAGUUUGCAGGAAAAUGGUACGAAAUAAAAAGGUUUAACAACACAUUUAUAACCGGUCAUUGCGGACGGCCAUCGUAUAAAUGGAACAAAACAAAUUACACCGUUACAUAUCCCACUAAAAAUUUACAAACUGGAACGGUAGUCACCACCAACUUUACUCUUAAAAAACAAUUGUUGCAAAAUCCGGGUAAAUAUGACGUGUAUGCUAACAAAGUAAAGAACUUCAUUCCUCAAUACAUCUUGAGCACGGAUUACAAUACCUACAGCGUAGUGUGGGGAUGUUCGUAUAAAAACAACCAGAAUAUUCAGCAUCUAUUCGUUUAUUCAAGGAACGGGACUUUAAGCGCGAACUUUUUCAAUAAGACAAUUAAGCCCAUAUUGGUACAAAAUAAGUUAAAUGUGACACGGCUUGUUGACAUUGUGCAAGAUCCCAAGAAAUGCGGUGGAUUGUGAAUUAAUGUUAGUGUACAAGACGAAUAAAAUCUUACUUUAUCAAA